GAUCGGAUUUAUUUAUUUUUUCUUUUUUUCCCCGGGCGAAUUUGGCCAACCCAAAUCCAUCAACCUGGAGAACAAAGUGCCCGAGCAGGGAGGCCACCUUUGCUGCUUAGCCCUGGAGGGUCCCGCUGGAGAGGCCGAAAGGGCACUGCCGCGAGCCAGGAGCGAGCCGGCUGCCGCCAUGGAGAACGGGAUGCAGCUGCUCAACCGGGACGGCCACAGCAUCUCCCACAACUCCAAGCGGCACUACCACGACGCCUUCGUCUGCAUGAACCGCAUGCGGCAACGGGGCCUCCUGUGCGACAUCGUGUUGCACGUGGCCGCCAAGGAAAUCAAGGCGCACAAGGUGGUCUUGGCCUCCUGCAGCCCUUACUUCCACGCCAUGUUCACAAACGAGAUGAGUGAGAGCCGUCAGACGCACGUCACGCUCCAUGAUAUUGAUCCGCAGGCUCUAGAACAGCUGGUCCAGUACGCCUACACAGCUGAGAUCGUGGUGGGAGAAGGGAACGUCCAGACAUUGCUUCCUGCAGCCAGCCUCCUGCAGCUGAACGGAGUGCGAGAUGCCUGCUGCAAAUUUCUCUUGAGCCAAUUGGACCCUUCCAACUGUCUGGGCAUCCGAGGUUUUGCAGACACCCACUCCUGCAGCGAUCUCUUGAAAUCGGCGCAUAAGUACGUCUUGCAGCACUUUGUGGAUGUCUCCAAGACGGAGGAAUUUAUGUUGCUGCCUCUCAAACAGGUGUUAGAUCUCAUCUCCAGCGACAGCCUCAACGUGCCUUCGGAAGAGGAAGUUUACCGAGCCGUCUUGAGCUGGGUGAAGCACGAUGUGGACAGCCGGAAGCAGAAUAUUCCUCGACUCAUGAAGUGCGUUCGUCUUCCCUUGCUCAGCCGGGAUUUCCUGAUGAGCAACGUUGACACCGAACUUCUGGUCCGGCAUCAUUCGGAAUGCAAAGAUUUGCUGAUCGAAGCCCUCAAGUACCACUUGAUGCCUGAGCAAAGAGCAGUCCUGAGCAACAGCCGGACACGUCCACGGCGCUGCGAGGGGGCCAGCAUGGUGCUCUUUGCUGUGGGUGGAGGGAGCCUUUUUGCGAUCCAUGGGGAUUGCGAAGCCUACGACACGCGGACUGACCGUUGGCACAUGGUCGCUUCCAUGUCCACCCGCCGGGCCAGGGUGGGAGUUGCGGCCAUUGGGAACAAGCUCUACGCUGUGGGAGGCUAUGACGGAACAUCUGACUUGGCUACCGUGGAGUCCUACGACCCCGUCACCAACUCGUGGCAGACGGAGGUCUCCAUGGGCACCAGGCGGAGCUGCCUCGGGGUGGCGGCCCUGCACGGCCUACUCUAUGCCGCUGGGGGCUACGAUGGAGCUUCGUGCCUGAACAGUGCUGAAAGAUAUGACCCCCUUACUGGAACCUGGGCAAGUAUUACUGCUAUGAGCACCAGAAGGAGAUACGUCCGCAUAGCAACCUUAGACGGCAACCUCUACGCUGUUGGAGGAUACGACAGCUCCUCACACUUGGCAACGGUGGAGAAGUACGAGCCGCAGAUCAACACCUGGACACCCAUUGCCAACAUGCUCAGCCGCCGGAGUAGUGCAGGUGUGGCCGUCCUGGAAGGGAUGCUGUACGUAGCCGGAGGGAAUGACGGGACCAGCUGCCUUAACUCGGUGGAGCGCUACAACCCCAAAACCAACACAUGGGAAAGCGUGGCCCCCAUGAACAUCCGUAGAAGCACCCAUGACUUGGUGGCCAUGGAAGGUUGGCUCUACGCCGUGGGUGGGAACGACGGCAGCUCCAGCCUCAACUCCAUCGAGAAGUACAACCCGCGGACCAACAAGUGGGUGGCGGCCUCGUGCAUGUUCACCCGGCGUAGCAGCGUGGGGGUGGCGGUGCUGGAACUCCUCAACUUCCCGCCCCCAUCCUCGCCCACCCUCUCGGUCUCCUCGACGAGUCUUUGACGAAGGACCCUGCCGUUCCUCGCCUCGCCCGGACUGCAGCGUCUGUCGGAGCGCGAAGCCGGCUUGGUCCGGCCCCUCCGGAAGCCGAUCUCUGUGAAAUGGGGGGGCUGUACCCAGAGAUUUUCCCCAGGGGCCCACAUUUGGCUCAGCUCCAAGAGGGGGGGAGUCUCCUCAAAAAGACCUACUUAGAGAAGAAGACCGCCGAAACCGAGAAUUCUCCACGCGUCCAUUGUUGAUCUCAUCGCAACUUAGACCGACGCUAACCUGGUUCUCGUAGACCAGACUCAACAACAACCUUCGAGUUCCACGAUUGGACGUCGAUCGCCGGAUCCAUCUCAUGCGAAGGACUGAGAUUGGUAAGGGAAAAAUAAAAAAUAAAAAAUCAAGGUACUGCCACGAGCUAAAACCGACGACGCCAACCAUGGAGUUAUUCGCCUAGGCUGUGUGCCAACUGCAGAACCUUAAGCUGUGACCAUCGCAAUUAGCCAAAAAAACUUCUUAACCAAACCUAACAGUAUAUGGUGGAAAGGAGGCCUUUGACGUCGGUGUCUAGCAAAAGGAGGCCUUAACAUGAAAACAGGGCUGAGAUGUUCCGCAGGUCCUCCUCUCCAUGUUCUCCCCUCUCUGUAGGCCACCAAUUCAGAUAUCCUCCUGGUAGUAUCUUUCCCGGCACGUGUCUGGAGCUGUCUCCAUGGGGUUGCUUCGCACUUCGUCUGAACCGGGAAGAAUUCGGUCAGAGUUGUUUGGAGAUUUGGGGACGGGAUGUGGUCUACUAUGGACUCUGUGGAGUGGAUCUUAUGGCUCGAGGUGCGUCAGUAGCAUUUCCUUAUCUGUUCACCUUGGGGUUCUCCCCUCUUUGUGUCGUUGGGAGUGCCGACGAUGGGAGGGUCUUUACAAUUUAUUUGCUCACCUUGCCAGCCAAUCUGCUCCCUGCCUGCCUGCCUUCUGCCUAUUUAUUUCCUUAUUUAUUUAUUUAAAUCGGAGGGUUUGCAGGACAGAAAAUGGCGGGGAGGCGCUUUGUUUAAUCCGCUGCGAAGUCAGAACCGUGGCUGCCGCCGUCUACUGAAGGGAGACUCUCGUGGGAAAAAUAUCCUGGUGGAUUAACCAAGAGUGGCUUAAAUCAUAUCCUUCCUUUUGAAUGGACCAAUUCGGCAUUGUGCAUCUCAUCUGUUUUUGGCACCGCAACCGGUUGUUGUCCCAACAAUUCCUGCCUAAAAAAAAUAUAUAUGUCUGAUUUCAGAGUAUUAUCCUGCCACGCUCGUUCCUGGGAGGGACUGUGAACCUACACAAUAUUAACUGCAUUACAUGGAUUUUGUUCUCGAAGCACUAAGAAGGCGGUCGAAAAGGAAUUUAAUUCUCGCGGAGAGUAACAUGGCAGCACUUAAUUUUGGAAGGGUUAUUUCGAAAGCAAGAAAAUGCACUACGUUUGAGGACUUGCCUGGAAGAAGUUCCAACUGUUGUACUGUUCCCUUCACUUUGGAUGGGGUUUGGACUACAAAGCCCAGCUCGGAUGCCAGCUAGCCUGCCGUGAAAAAAAUUGGGUGGGUGGGGGGAGAGAGAGGAAAGGAGUUGCUUGAAGAUAGAUGCCACUGUGUACGGAUGACCUCCCUUUCUCUUCGCCAUUUUGGAGGCAAAAAAUGAGAAAUCUGCAGAAGAGGGCUUAUGACACAGGGGCCAAUGCUUAUAAGUCAGCCAAUGCUUCUCGUCGGUUUUAUUCUACCCCUUUACUGCUUCUGGGGUUUGUUUUAUUAUUUUUUUUCCGGUUUCGUUUGUUUGUGUGUUGGUUUAUUUAUUUUGUCGCUCACUGUGACACUAUCUGGGCCUGUUCGCAACAAUGCUGGAUGGGGUUGGGGGCAGGUUGAAUUGAACGUCCCAACUCGCAAGCUUCGGAGAUCCCUCAUUUUGAAUUUGCAUCGAAUUUUGGGGGUUGUGGGUCAGAAGUGUGGUUUAUGCAUCAAGCCACGAUUAUUAAACACGUCCUUCUGCGAUCUGCUCUACGAACCACGGUGAACUUCCCCAGCUGGAUCAACCACAAUCAAACCGACCGUCGAAUGCUUGGUGCCCUAUUUUGUUAGCAAACCACACUUAUGGGUCCACUUCCUUCUUCUUCAAUACUCCAGCCAAGAUGUCCGCGGCUGGGAAUUCUGGGCGUUGAAGUCCACACAUCCUACCGUUCAUAUAAGCCAUGAUUUGAAACAAAACACACACACACACAAAAAACCCAAACAAACUUGCCACCGAGGGCGAACCCAAAGGGCAACUACGCUGGGCUUCUCUGUAUCCAUGAUUUAGAUUUAUAAGCAUCGGGGGGCUUAGCUUCGAAGACAUUUUUGCAAAAAGCAAACAAUGUCUGUAAAUCUGUAGCUUGUCUGGCAUUGUGCUCGGCCUUCCACCCAGACGUAUAUUUUGCAAAUCCUGCGGGCUGUGAGUGGGAACCAUGUAUCGGCGUUCAAUCAGCUGCGUUCAUUCUGGGAAAUUUGUUUUCGCGGUGUUCGUCGUUUUUUGUUUUUGUUUUAUAAGUGCCUUCGCUUUGCUUUUGGGGAUCCUUCAGUGGGGCAGGUUGUCUAUGUGGGGGAGGCAAAGCCUCUGGGUCCUUCUCAUCCGUUUGUGCCCGAGUGGGGUAGAGAAUGUUUGCAUUGGAACAGGGGUCUCCAACCUUGGUCCCUUUAAGACUUGUGGACUUCGACUCCCAGCAAAGCUGGCUGAGGAACUCUGGGAGUUGAAGUCCACAAGUCUUAAAGGGACUAAGGUUGGAGACCCCUGCAUUGGAAGAUGUUGAUAAAACUCCUUUUCAUGCUGUUUACAGCAGUGUUUGGUUGCUUUAAGACGCGUGGACUUUAGCUCCCAGGAUUCAUAGCUGGCUGGAAGAAUUCUGGGAGUUGAAGUCCACACGUCUUAAAGGGGCCAAGCCUGAGAAACACUCAGCCAAAAGAUGAUUCGGCUGAAAAGCUAGGACUUUCUCCAAGCAAUAUCCAUUUGCAAAAUCUUUCUGGAUCACAAAUCAGAGAUAUUCCCAACUGAUCCUAGUUACAAACGCCAGGGAUUUUUUUUAAUUUUUUUUUUUGCCCUUCUGUAAUUUAUCCGCGGAUACCUGCUUGUUCCAAGGCAUCCUUGAAAAGGAACAAUUGAAGUGUUAACCAGUCAGGUGACGUUUUUCACGUCCCUAAUGUGAAAAUGUAGGAAUUGAAGGAAAAAAACCUUGUUUGGGUGGGUCGAGUGGUGCGAUUCAGCUGGUUCGGGCCGGUUCGGGCGAACCGGUUAAAUUGAUGACUGGCUCCUCCCCUCCCAGCCCCUCCCCUUCCAGGAGUUCCCACGCACCUCAUUUUGGCUAGUAGGGAGGCCUACUAGGCCCAAAACGGCACCGGGGGGGGGGGUGGCAGCCCCCCCACAGCCCAUUUUUGCUCCCAGGAGGCUGCAGGGAGCCUACUAGGCCCAAAAUGGGGUGUGGGGUGGCGGCACCCCCACUGCCCCACCCCCGUGGUUCGUUUUUGUUCCUAGGGUGGUGCAGGGGACUGAGUGCUGCCUCUCACACCCCCUGGCCACCCCCACCCAGCCAGUCAUUAGGGCAGAGAACCGGUUGUUAAAUUAUUUGAAUCCCACCACUCAGCCGGUCCCUGGGGGAGGCAUGUCUUUUUUUUUUUUUUUUAAUUUGCAUUUAUAUCCCGCCCUUCUCCGAAGACUCAGGGCGGCUUACACUAUGUCAAGCAAUAGUCUUCAUCCUUUUGUAUAUUAUAUACAAAGUCAACUUAUUGCCCCCAACAAUCUGGGUCCUCAUUUUACCUACCUUAUAAAGGAUGGAAGGCUGAGUCAACCUUGGGCCUGGUGGGACUCGAACCUGCAGUAAUUGCAAGCAGCUGCUGUUAAUAACAGACUGUCUUACCAGUCUGAGCCACUCAAGGACCCUACUUGUCUUACUUUUGGGGCGGUGGGAGAAGAUGCAUUUGCAGAGGAUAUCCUUUCGUUCGCAGAGAUGGGAAGGGGCAAAGGCACGGCUCCUUCAAACUUGGGUGCUUUAAGACUGGUGGACUUCAAACCCCCCCCCAGAAUUCCCCAGCCGGCUGAGGAAUUCUGAGAGUUGAAGUCCACCCAGUUUUACAGUUGCCAAGGUUGGAGACCCCUGGCCCAAGAGAUUCGUUCUCUGCGUCGUUUUUUGCUACCACGUUUCGGUGGCGUCUUUGCCGAUCGGAAGAGAGAUGCUACAAAUCCUCAACGUCCGAUUGGAACCCAAGCAAAGAUGCUGGGUUUUGCAACGAUGGAGGAUAUGGUAGCCUUAACUUUUUUUAUUUUAAUUUGCAUUUAUAUCCCGCCCUUCUCCAAAGACUCAGGGCGGCUUACACUAUGUCAAGCAAUAGUCUUCAUCCAUUUGUAUAUUAUAUACAAAGUCAACUUAUUGCCCCCCCAAAAUUCUGGGUCCUCAUUUUACCUACCUUAUAAAGGAUGGAAGGCUGAGUCAACCUCGGGCCUGGUGGGGCUUGAACCUGCAGUAAUUGCAAGCAGCUGCUGUUAAUAACAGACUGCAUUAGCCUGUUGAGCCACAGAGGCCCCUUUUGCUGGAACUACGAAGGAAUUGGCAAAUGGUUGUUUUCACUCAUGUCCUUGCUUUCUCCCACACCCACUAACUUAAUUUAAUUCAAAACUAGCUUUCAGCUUCCCAUCAGAAUUACCAUGAUAGGUAGUCCUCCAUUUAUGACCAUAAUUGAGCCCGGAAUUACGGUCAUUAAACAGAUCACUUUUCUUUUUUUUGCAGCCAUCCCAUUUGGGUUUUUUUGUUUUUUUUUGCUGGAAGUCAGAAGAAACAAGGGAAAAUGCCAAUAAAAAAACCCCACCUUAUGGGAUGUUGCAAACGGCCAUAAAAUGUGAGCCAGUUGCCAAGCAUGGAAGGAAGGAAGGACGGACAGAAGGAAGGAAGGAAGGAAGGAAGGAAAUAAUUAAUCUCAUCUUCCUUGUUGCCCCUGUGCUCCUGUUGAAGUCAGUGGCUAAGACGCUGAGCUUCAGAAAGGUCGGCGGUUCGAAUCCCUAGCACGGGUCUCCUGCGUGUAGCAGGGGGUUGGGCUAGAUGACCUCCAAGGCCCCUUCCAACCCUUGUUACUGUUGAAGUACGAUCUCUGAUCUAUCCAUGGUGCAAAUCCCCCCCCCUCCCAGCUUAUUCACCCUAGGUUGGAGAUGCCUUGAGGAAGGGGGUGUAUGCGUUAAUUAAUCUGUAAUUUAUCUGUGUGUCGGAUUUAUUUAUGUGCCGUUCCAAACGUCCACUUUAUUUUGUGUUUCUCAAAUUUUUGCACUAUAACAAACGGGGAGGGGAGGGGGAAAUAUAAGCAAUACAAGCCAAUUGUGUAAAAUUUAAAAAAAAAUAAAUAAAAAAAAAUUAGAUUUUUCCUGACUCUUCUGACUCAUUCUCAGUUUUACCUUGUUUAAU